UGUGAUUGUUGUGUGUGUGGGGUUUGUGACUGUGGCAGAGAAACACUGCUGGUUGCAGCCUCUAGUCUAGUUUGUGGCCCGGGAUUAGUUUCCAUUUCCCGCCCGACCGAGUGCUGAUUAUCGCGGUCACUGUUCGGCAAACACGGGUUUGCGGAUCAUCUGCUGCGUGCAGCGGCUGGAGGAGGGGAGAGAGGAGAGGAGAGGUGUUGUCCGGGCCCGAUGCAGCCGCCACCCCCCCAACCCCACCCCCACCCCGGCCCGGGAGCCGCCGGCCUGGCCCAGGCGUUGCGGAGCGGAGACUCGCAUCAAUGUAGCCGCUGUCUACAGCGGGACCCCAGCCUGCUACAUGCCCGAGGUUGGAAUGGUUUCACACCGCUGCACCACGCUGCACUAUGUGGCCACAUGGACUUGGCCUAUCUACUGCUGGACCUUGGGGCAGACACCAACCUCCCGAAUGAUGCUGGAGAGACACCCUUUCACUUUGCCUGCAGACGUGGGGAUGUCUACAUAAUGGACCGGAUGGUGAAGAAUGGAGCAGAUGAGAUGUUGCUGGAUCGUCAAGGGAAGACAGCGCUGCAUCAGGCAGUGUCUGGUGGCUGCAUAGCCGCCAUCCGCUACCUGGAGGAGAUGGGUCACUUCAGCUUCCUCGACUCGGACAAGUUCCUGCAAACACCUCUGCACAUCGCCACUUCCAUCGGCAACGAGGACGUGGUGAAAUAUUUGCUGAGAGGAAUGAGGUGCAGUGCGGCUGAGAUUGACACCUGGGGAAUGACUCCCUUGCACGUGGCAGCUCACACCGGUUCGGUGGCCAUCUGCUUGCUGCUGCUGGCCAAGACUGGGACCUCCAACCUGCAGCUACAAAACAAAGAUGGACUCACCCCCCUGGACUUGGCCAAGCGAGGAAAAACCCACAGACACCAGGAAGUUGCAAAGAUUUUGACUGAAUAUAAUAAGAAAGCACAGAAUGGGAAACCCAAAGAGCCAACUGGUCUGUACUAUGGCACCUUGUUUUACCCAGCGAUUCUGAGCUCGAUCAUAUUCGUUAUCGCCAGCUACCUCGGGGAAUAUGGGGGUAUUUUCAGCGUAGUUGCUUUUGCUGUUCUCAUCAGGUUCACCUUCUUCCAGUACCACCGGAUCUCCCAUUACUCCAGGUGGCCCAACCCAGUGUACCUUGGCACCUUUGCUGCAGGAAUCCUUCAUUCUUUUUAUUGUUUCUACAGCAAGAUCCUACCCGCUCUCUGGCCAGCGAAGCCGCUGCUGUGUUUCAUGACGCUGCUGGCUACUCUUUUGUUCGGGAUGUUCAUGAAACUGCUGACCAAGGACCCUGGGAAUCUGCACAAGUCUGACUUUGGGACCAAGAGUUUGACCUUCACUCACCUGAUAAGAACCAAGCAGAGUCCAUCUUGUUUCUGCAUCUACUGUGAGAUUGUUCAGCCAGAAGGAACGAAGCACUGCAGACUCUGCAACAGUUGCAUGGAAAACUUUGAUCACCACUGCCUCUUCCUCAUGAAGUGUGUGGCAAAGAAUAACCAGAGACUCUUCAUUCUGUUCCUGCUGGAGAUCAUUGUCUCCCACUUGACCUUCAUAUUGUCGGCUCUGUAUGCCGUCCACCUUCAGUAUGACCUGAGCCUUGAGGUGUUCCUCAAGGUUGUUGGUUGCCAGCCCUGGGUGAUGGGCUUGGCCCUGAUGAACAUGGCCACUAUGCUGUGGGAGGCUGUAGUGCUGAAGGCCCAGCUGAUGGCCAUCUCCACCAGCACCGCCACCUCCCGCAAGGACAGAGCAUGCGUCGCGGACUUCACCUGGAGCCACUUUGUGAAAAGCGUGGUGGUGUUUCUCAUCUUUGGCCAGAGGAUCCAAAACAGCCACGGAAAUCUCUCAAACCACCUUUAAACAGCAGAACUGACAAGAGCUAGAACCCCCCCACCUCCAAUAUUAAGUUGCUGAGAAGGGGGAGAGGUUGACAGUGAUAGGAUGGAGACUAAGACUGAAAGUGGAAACACAAGCUGAUCCAACAGCAAAAUAGACAUAUGUUAUGCUGGCCUUCAUCAGCGGGGGCAUUGAGUAUAAGAGUCAGGAAAUGAUGCAGCUUUAUAAGACUUUGGUUAGGCCUCAUUUGAUGUAUUAGAGUCAUAGAGUGAUACAGUGUGGAAAAUGGCCCAGGAAACAGUGUUUGGAUACUGGGAUUGGAUGCGCGUAUAGGCCAGGUGUGGCUGUAAUGGGAAGGUGCUGGGGGAAGGGGGGGGGGUGAUGUUGGUGUGGAUGCAAGAGUGACCCAGAGCUUCAGGGAGGGAACAGUCCCUUUAGAGUUCUGCGGGGGGAGGGGUUAUGUGUGUCUCUUCAGGCUGACGAGGUGUAACUAGAGGAGUUUUCUCUAGGUAGACAAAAGUGCUGGAGAAACUCAGCGGGUGCAGCAGCAUCUAUAGAGCGAAGGAAAUAGGCAACGUUUCGGGCUGAAACCCUUCUUCAGACUCCUCAAGUUUCCUCAAGGUUAGUUCUUCCCCACAAUUAUAUGGUGGCAUCGAUCCGUCUGCGGGAGACGAUGGUGCGGCUUUGACGUGGUCCUACUUGGAGAGGGGAAUGUUUCAUCUGUGGUUGCAUCUCCUGAUGUGGCUGACUAGGCCUGUCCCUGGCUGGCAGGCAGACCCUCCCACAGCUUCCACAGGUGAAGUUGUCUCUGGCCGUUGGAUCGGGGAGUGUUUUGCUGUUGCCAUUGAUCAUUUAGUGGUGUUGGCUCCCCGGGUCUUGGACCACAUGCUACUGUGGUGCUUCAUACCCACGUGGAGGUCCUUUCUCCACCUCCUCACCUGCACCUUCCCAAUGGUCAGAGCCAAUGUUAACAUUUGUCCUAUCUCUUGUAAUUGUAUGCUUGUAGCAUUUACUGUAUUGGGGAGGUGGAAGGUGUGGAAUGCAAGUGUCUAAGUAUGUUUUGAUGACUAGUAGGUGGGAGGGCGCACUAUGGUAAUGAUAUUAGGACUCUGCAUGGACUGAGUGAGGGGAACAUGCAGCUUAUUGUAGGUUAGGGUGAGAUGGACCUAACUAGGAGGUUCCGAGACUAAUUUCUAACCUGAGAGAUUGCAAAUGUGAGAAGUACAGAGAUUGUUGAGCGGGCAACAAAAUUCAAAAUUCAGGGGUAUCAAGUAGUUAGGAAAACGAAUGGCAUAAUAACCUUUGAAAAUGGGAACCAUUGUUGCAAUUGUACAUGGUCGAUGAGGCCCCAUUGGAUGGUUUACGUCCCUUAUUUAAGGAAGGCCAUGCAGGGAAAAAGACACAAAGUGUCGGAGUCUCUCAGUGGGACAGAACCUCCACAUUUGUCAGAUUUGAGAACCUGUCCCGACAACAGAGAAAUAUCAGACCUCAUGCAGCGAAACAUAUCUGAGGCUAUCAUUGUAAUUCAAUAUAAACCAUCCAUGAUACUCUG